UAUUCUGAAGCGGUUUGUUGUAAUUCUGAUUCCAAGGCAAAGUACUUAUAAUUUCAAGACACAAAGGAAAACAAGGGUGACCUCUGCUUAAUUUACUUCUAGACUCUAACUUAACGAUUCCCAGUCAAAUAAUCGCCUUAGUGCAUGUGUAUGUUGUUGUUUUAAAUACAAAUAUAACUCACUGCAGACCUUCUUUGUCAUAUCAGCUGAGUUGACUAGCAUUUGAAAUCAAAAUUUUUGGUGUCGAUAGCGAAAAAGAAAUGCUUAGAAGUGAAGAUAAAUUUUUGGAGCUUUGCAAAGGUCUGAAAUUGCCACUGAAUGGCGAAGUUUGCAGCAGCACAGACAUCCUUGUAAAGCAUAUUUAUGACAAAUAUUUUGAGAACAGAAUUUCAGAACCCGACCAGCCCGCAUGGCUUGACCCCAUCGACAAUUUGUGUAAAUCAAUUAACAUAUCUUCUAAUCAGACGCGUUUUAUCAAACCUUGUGAAGACGAUGUAUGGAUUUUUGGUUACGGCUCACUGAUAUGGAAACCCGAUUUCCCAUUUAUCGAUCGAAAGCGUGGCUUUAUAAGAGGUUACAGACGACUCUUCUACCAGAAUAGCAUUGACCAUAGAGGCACAAAAUCACGACCUGGUCGUGUUGUAACACUGCUGCCCACUGUAAGCUUAGAGAGUCGUGUCUAUGGUGUAGCUUAUCGUAUUUCGAGUGAGCAUCGCGAUGAAGUUUUGGCACAUUUGGAUUAUCGCGAAAAGAACGGUUAUGAUCGUUGCGAGGUGAAAUUCUACGAGUAUCCUGAGCAGCCGGAUAAUCACUUCAGUAUAACAAUGUAUAUAGCAACACCCGAUAAUGAAUCGUAUGCGGGGAAUGUGUGGCAAUUAUCAGAUAUAGCGCAACAAAUUUUCACAGCUGCUGGACCAAGCGGUCCGAAUCGUGAAUAUCUUUUCAAUUUGGCAAGUGCAGUGCGUGAAUUGUUUCCUGGUGAGGAAGAUCGUCAUUUGUACGAUUUGGAAGCUGAAGUGAAGCAACUUAUUACAGAUUAUGAAUCAAAGCUAUUAGAGAAGGUGUUAAAGAAAGAAAUUACCGAAAUUGUAGAAACUGGAAACGCAGAUGGUGAUGUGCGCGAGACGAUAAGAGAUGUUGAACAUUUGUAUAAAGCGUGUAGUCACAGAGGUUGGCGUGAAGAACUCUUGACCAAAGAACUAGAAAGCCUUCAGGAACUUUUGCAUGCACUCCAAUCGAAAUGUAGUAAUGAUAGCCAAAUAGAAAGCGUUUCAAGUAAUAACCAUUAGGAAUUAGAAGCAAAUUCGUAGAGCUGUGUAAUUAUAGUGAAGAUAUUGAAAUAUUGCUGUGCUUGUAUUAUAUUAAAUAUUGAAAUAUUGUAUAAUUAUCAAUA